CUCUUGUGCUCUCCCGACCCCACCGGUGGCGCAUUUUUCCAGCUACGACUGAAACUGAAAAAGCGGAAUUGGGAAUCCGAGGAACACGAAUGCUCGCCAAAGCAAAACGGACAAAAAUUGGCGCAAAUUUACUCGCGAGGCGCAACCAGUGACGUCGUCGUCGGGGCUUUUUUUCAGUGCUUUAUGUGCAAUGUUAGAGCGGCAAACGGCGGCAGCAGCAGCAGCAACAACAACAACAUCUUUUGGCAGCAACUUCAGCAACAGCAACAACAACAACAAAAAUAAUAAUAACAAAAACAAAAACAAAUAUAAUAAUAAUAAUAAUAACAAGAAAAAUAACAGCCUAAAUGUGAAUUGCUUUUUGUAUUUAAAACAAAACUACGAAACAACAAAAAUAAAAAUUAAAUUAAUAAUAAAGUGAGAAAAAAAAAAAAAAGAACCGCCAAAAAAAAAACAAACAAAAACAAAAACAAGAAAAAAUGUUGCAACUGAGAGCGUAACACAAAACAUAGAAGAAGGAAGAAGGGAGAAGAGAAGAAGAGAGAGAAGUGCGGUGGCAGCAGAAGAAGAAGGCGGCAGCAUUAUAUUCUUUCUUCAAACAAACAAAAAAAAAAAAACAAACAAACAAAACAAAAAACAAGCAACAUCUUCCACAAGCAACAAUAACAACAACAAACAACAACAAGAAGAAGAGAUAGAGAAAGAGAAAGAAAGUAAGAGAGAGAGAGAAAUUAUUAAUUAUAAUAUAUAGAGCCCGCCCAGCCAAGGUCAACUUUUGGUUUUGGGGCAGAAACAACACAAAAUGCACGCGUGUGUCUGCUGCUGUUCGACAAACAACAAUUGCAACAACAACAACAACAACAUUCAGAACAACAACAACAACAACAACAUUAGCAUCUACAACAAGAACAGCAGCAACGGCAGCAACAACAACAACACAAGCAACAGCAACAACAUCAACAAGAAACAGUGUUGCAACAUUGUUAGUGUUGUAAGGACCAAGGAGCAGGAGCAGAAGCAGAAACAGAAACAGAAGGAGCAGGACAAGGACAAGGAUAAGGGUCAGUGGCAGGAACAACAUCCCACCGAGGAGUUGUUGUCUGCUGGCCCCCGAGCCAGUGCCAGCAACGACAACAACAACAAAAACAAAAAAAACAACAACAACAACAACAACAACAACAACAACAACGACAACAACCGCAACGGCAACGAUCUCAACGGCGCCGCAACGAUCUCAAGGCGGUGGUGGCGGCGGGAUCCUCCGGGAGCGAUUACGUCGACGACCAAUUCCUGUCCGCCGAUUAUUGUUAUUGAGGUGACGAUAGCGAUAGCACUGUUGUUGUUGCUGUCGUUGUAUCGGCAAUUGUCAUUAUUGGCCAAAAACAAAACUAACAACAACAACAUCAUAAGCAUUAGCAUCAGCAGCAGCAGCAGCAGCAGCAGCAGCAGCAGCAUCAUCCGCAUCAGCAGCAGCAGCAACAUAACUGUCGCAGCAACAACAUUACUUUCUUCUUCUUUAAAACAAAACAACAACAACAAUUCUUCUUCUUUAUCAGCAACAGCAACAACAACUGUUGAAACAACAACAAUUGCAACAAACAUUGCAAAACAACAACAAAAACAAGAAGAAUUAUUAUUAUUAUUGAAACAAGAAAAAGAAGAAGAAAAGGGAGAAGAAGAAAAGGAAGUAAAGGAAGAGGAAGAAACAGGAGCAGUGUUAGUUCACGCCAUUUGAGUGUGUGUGUGUCCCCUCCUCUCUUCACUCUCUCUAUAUAUAUCAUCAUCUCCCCCCCCUCUUUACUACUACUACUACCAUACUACUCCCCCCGCCGUCUCUCUGCGCGGUGUUGUUGUUGUCGUCUCCUACUCCACCUCUGUGUGUUGCAAAGUGUCCAAAAACGCAAAGAAAAAAAGAAAAAGAAAAGGAAAAGAGAAGAACCAAAACAACAACAAGAACAACAAGGAGCAAACUAACGGGUCAUCCAGGCAGUAAACAACACACUAAACAACAAACAAAACAAAAAAUAAAAACAAAUUAAAGAAAAAGAGAUAGAAAGAAAAGAAAAGAGAAAAGAAAAAAAAAAGAACAUCUUCAAACACUGAAACGCUGAAGGCGUAACUCGGUUCGUUUUUUUUUUUUUUUUUAAAUAUUUUUUUUCAUAAUUUUCCUCUUCCAUAUUUGUUGUUGUUGUUUGUUUGUUUUGGCAACCUGUGCGACAAAUGUCAAAAAGUAGCAAAAAAAAAAUUAAGCGAAAAAGAAUCAAGGAACGAACCUCAUCUUGAAGCUAAAAAAAAACAAAAAAAACUGCGAACGAAAAACAAAAAAAACAAACAAACUUUAAAGAAACAAAAAUAACAAGAACACGGUAACCAACAAGAAACAAAAAAAAAAAAAAAACAAACAAGAAAACAAGGGAAACAUCGAGAAUCCCUUUCGGCAAACAUAACGGCACCGGGUCCUACUACGUACGCCUCGUGUUGUCUCGUUCUCUCGGUUAUAAUUUUUGUUCUGUUUUUUUUUGCAUUGUUUUUUUUUUGAAAUAUCUAUUACCCCCCGUCUUUGGUUUCGGUUGCUGCCCUCCAGUGCAGCGACAUCGAACACAUACCACUAAUUCUAUAUGAUGGCCGAUCACUUAGACGAACCGCCUCAGAAGCGGCCCAAAAUGGAUCCAAUGACCACGGACAUCUCCUUGUUCCUGGAGGAGAACCUGCCGGACGAGUUGGUGUCCUCGAAUAGCGGCUGGUCGGAUCAGUUGACCGGCGGCGGCGGCGGCGGGGGCGGCGGCGGUGCCCCCGGAGUUAAUACAAAUUCCACCUCCGGACCAAAUGCCGGCGGCGGACCAAAUAAGCCACCUGCCCAGGGACCUGGACCCGGUUCUGGACCCGGCGGUGUUGGUGUCGGAGUCGUCGGCGGCGUUAAUGUUGGCGUCGUCGGCGGCGUCGGCGUUGUGCCUUCCCAGAUGAACGGAGCCGGCGGUGGCGGUGGCGGCGGCGGCGGCGGCGGCAGCAAUCCCGGCACUGGCGGUGAUGAUGGUAACGGUAAUGGAACCGGUGGCGGUAAUGCCGGACCACAGAUACGCCAAAUGCAACACCAUCAACAACAGCUGCAGCAUCUGCUCCAGCAGCAGCAGCAGCAGCAGGGCCAGAAGGGCGCCAUGGUGGUCGCCGGGAUGCAGCAACUGGGCAGCAAGUCGCCCAAUCUGCAGAGUCCCAACCAGGGCGGCAUGCAGCAGGUGGUGGGCACACAGAUGGGCAUGGUCAACUCGAUGCCCAUGUCCAUAUCGAAUAACGGCAACAACGGAAUGAAUGCCAUACCAGGCAUGAACACCAUCGCCCAGGGCAAUCUGGGCAACAUGGUGCUGACGAACAGCGUUGGCGGCGGAAUGGGCGGAAUGGUCAACCAGCUGAAGCAACAGCAGCCGGGCGGCGGCGGCGGUGCCGGCGGCAUGAUCAACGCUGUAUCCGUACCUGGUGGCCCGGGCGGACCCGGCUCGGGCCCGGGAGCGGGUGGCGGCGGCGCAGUCACACCCAACCAGGGCAUGCACAUGCAGAACGGACCGAUGAUGGGCCGGAUGGUGGGCCAGCAGCACAUGCUACGCGGUCCCCAUCUCAUGGGAGCGGCGGGCGGUGCCGGAGGACCCGGCAAUGGACCCGGAGGCGGAGGACCACGCAUGCAGACGCCCAACAUGCAGAUGGGACAACUGAACAGCCUGCCCUAUGGAGUGGGCCAGUAUGGCGGACCCGGCGGCAACAAUCCCCAGCAGCAGCAGCAGCAACAGCAGCAGCAGCAGCUCCUGGCCCAGCAAAUGGCCCAGAGGGGCGGCGUGGUGCCGGGCAUGCCCCAGGGCAACCGGCCCGUGGGCACUGUCGUCCCACUGCCGACUCUCGGCGGCGAUGGUUCCGUAUCCGGUGGCCAGCUGGUGGGCGGUAAUCCGCAACAACAGAUGCUUGGCCAGCAGCCGGGUGCGAUGGGCCCGAGGCCGCCACAACCCAAUCAACUGCUGGGGCAUCCUGGCCAGCAGCAACAGCAGCCAGGCACAUCCCAACAACAACAACAACAACAGCAACAGCAGCAAGGUGUUGGUGGCAUUGUUGGUGGUGCUGGUGGUGGUGUAGUGACCGGAACAGUUGGCGGUGCCGGUGGCGGAGCUGGCGGUGUGGUCACUGGUGCGGGUGGCGUGGCGACAGGCGGUCCAGGUGGCGGCAGUCGCGAUGUACCCGACGACCGGAAGCGGCAGAUCCAACAGCAGUUGAUGCUCCUCCUCCAUGCCCACAAGUGCAACCGGCGGGAGAACCUCAAUCCGAACCGUGAGGUGUGCAAUGUGAACUACUGCAAGGCCAUGAAGGCCGUCCUCGCCCACAUGGGUACCUGUAAGCAGAGCAAGGACUGCACCAUGCAACACUGCGCCUCCUCGCGCCAGAUCCUGCUCCACUACAAGACCUGCAUAAACAGCGCCUGCAUCAUCUGCUAUCCCUUCCGGCAGAAUCAUUCGGUGUUCCAGAACGCCAAUGUACCGCCCGGCGGCGGUGGUGGGUCUCAGGUUGGCGGCAAUGCCGUUGUGACCGGUGGUGGCCCAGUUUCCGCUGGACCUGGCGGUGCUGGUGGGAAUAGUGCUGGACCUGGUGGACCACCCGGUGGCAUCCAGCAACAGCAACAGCAGCAGCAGCAGCAGCAACAGAACCAACAGCCCAAUCUGUCUGGCCUGGUGGUGGACGGUAAGCCGGGCCAGCAAGUGGCGCCCGGUGGUGGCCAGAAUACGGCCAUUGUACUGCCCCAACAGCAACAGCAGCAGGGCGGAGCGGGUGGCGGCGGUGGCGGCGCUCCCGGAGCACCAAAGACACCACAGGACAUGGCCCAACAGCUGGCCCAGCAGCAGCAGCAGCAGGUGCACCAGCAACAAGUCCAGCAGCAACAGGAGCUGCGACGAUUCGACGGGAUGGGCCAGGUGGGACUGUCGCCGGUGACGGGUGGUGGCAUGCAACAGCAGCAACAAGGCCUGCCGCCCACCAUCCGCAUGCAGGGCGCCCCACCGGCCGUCAGGGUGCUUGGCCCUGGUCCCGGUGGACCCAGUGGACCCAAUGUCCUCGCCAACGAUGUCAACAGCCUGCAACAGCAACAGCAGCAGCAACAGAUGCUGCAACAGCAGCAGCAGGGCCAGAACCGUAGACGCGGCGGCGGUCUGCCCAACAUGGUGGACCAGCAGCAGCAGCAGCAGCAGCAACAGCAGCAGCAGCCCAAUCCCUCCCAGCUUGGCGGCAACAUUCCAGCACCGCUCUCGGUGAACGUCAGCGGCUUCGGCAAUGCCAACUUCGGUGGCGCCGGCGGAGCAACAGUGCCCGGCAACGGCCCCAACGAUAAGCAGCAACUGAAGGUGGCCCAAGUCCAUCCCCAGACCCAUGUGGUGGGGGCGGCGGGCAAUGCCGGUGCGGCGGGCAGUGGAGCAAGUGGCGGUCCAGUGGGUGCGCCCGGUUCCAGUUCCCUAAUGCCGGCGGAUACGACGGGCGCCGGUGGUGGCCCAAAUCCGGGCGGUAAUCCCAACCAGAAUGCCGGCACAGGAGCGGGCGGAGGCGCUGGCGGUGGCGGCGGCGGCGGUGGUUCCGGUACACCCGGAGACAACGAGAAGGACUGGCGGGAAUCGGUGACGGCCGAUCUGCGGAAUCAUCUCGUCCAUAAGCUGGUGCAGGCCAUCUUCCCCACCUCCGAUCCCACCACGAUGCAGGACAAGCGGAUGCACAACCUGGUCUCGUACGCGGAGAAGGUCGAGAAGGACAUGUACGAGAUGGCCAAGUCGCGCUCCGAGUACUACCACCUGCUGGCCGAGAAGAUCUACAAGAUCCAGAAGGAGCUGGAGGAGAAGCGGCUGAAGCGCAAGGAGCAGCACCAGCAGCAGAUCAUGCAGAUGCAACAGCAGCAGGCGACAGGUGGCGCCGGAACACCCGGUGGCGCCGGUGGUGUCCCAACUGGCGGAGCGGGUGUUGGUGUUGGUGUCGGAGUUGGUGGCGGUGUCCUGCCGCAAGGACAACAGGGCCAACCGGGCCAACAGCCCGGAGUCCAGCCCGGCGUCCGACCCAUCAUCAGUCCCAUUGGCGGUGUGAUGCCGCCACAGUUGCGACCGCAGGGACCGCCCGGAAUGGUCGGCCAGCAGCCGGGUGUCGGCGUGGGCGUUGGCGUUGGAGUGGGCGUGGGAGUCGGAGUGGGCGUGGGCGGAGUGACCAACAACAUGGUGACGAUGCGCAGCCACUCGCCCGGCGGCAACAUGCUAACCCUGCAACAGCAACGGAUGCACUUCUCCCAGCAGCCGCAGCCCCUCAACGCCGUCGGCGGUGUUGGGAAUAUGCUGGUGGGUCCACCCGGACCCAGUCCCGGUAGCAUGGUCGUCAAUCCCGCCCUGUCGCCCUACCAGACGGGCAAUGUGCUGACGAGUCCGGUGCCCGGGCAGCAGCCCCAGCCCGGCCAGCAGCAGCAGCAGCAGCAGUUCAUCAAUGCGAACGGAGGCAGCGGUGCCGGGAAUCCCCAGCUGAGCGAGAUCAUGAAGCAGCGCCACAUCCACCAGCAGCAGCAGCAGCAGCAACAGCAGCAGCAACAGGGCAUGCUCCUGCCACAGUCGCCGUUCAGUAAUGCCACGCCCCUGCAAGCGGGCGGCAACAACUUCAGUUCCUCCUUGCAACAGCAGCAGCAGCAGCAACAGCAGCAGCAGCAGCAGCAGCAACAGCAGCAGCAGCCGCAGCAGCAACAGAAACCGGGCAGUGUACUGAACAACAUGCCACCCACGCCCACCAGCCUGGAGGCGUUGAAUGCGGGCGGUGGUGGUGGUGGUGGCAGUGGAGCCAGUGGAGGAGCAACUGGAGCAGCCAACUCGAAUGCAACUGUUUCGGCGCCAAGUCCCUCGCCUGGUUUCCUAUCCAAUGGACCAUCGAUAGGGACGCCCUCGAACAACAACAACAACAACAGCAGCAGCAGCGCCAACAACAACCCGCCCUCGGUGUCCGGAAUGAUGCAACAGCCGUUGAGCAAUCGAGCCGCCACACCACCCAUCCACAACAUACCCAUACCCGCAUCUCCAGCGGCGGCGGCGACCGGUGCCUCCGGCGGUCUGGCGGCGAACAGUACGCCGGCAUCGGCGGCAGCGACAUGUGCCAGCAGUGGGAGUGGCAGCGGGAGCGGGAGUGGGAGCAACAGUAGCAGUAGCGGUGGAGCGACCGGUAGUGGAGCGGCUGUGGCCACCACAUCGGCGACAACGCCACUCAGCUGUGCCUCAUCCUCGGUGGCGACACCCACAUCGGCGACAAUGGCUUCCAGCAGUAACAGUAGUGCGGGAGGUGGAGGAACCGGCAGCGGUACGGCCACCACACCCGCCAGCAAUCCCCUGCUUCUGAUGUCCGGCGGCAGUGGCGGCGGCGGCGGAGGAGGAGGAGGAGCAACCAGUGCAGCAACCACCACACCUUCCUCGACGAGCAGCAGCCGGAUGAUGAGCAGCUCCAUGAGCCUGUCCUCGCAGAUGGCCGCACUGGAGGCGGCGGCCCGCGAUAAUGACGACGAGACGCCCUCGCCCUCCAAUGAGAACACCAACGGCAGUGGCGGAAGUGGCAAUGCCGGCGGCAUAGCCUCCAAGGGCAAGCUGGACUCCAUCAAGCAGGAGGACGACAUCAAGAAGGAGUUCAUGGACGACAGCUGCGGCGGCAACAACGACAGCUCCCAGAUGGACUGCUCCACGGGCGGUGGCAAGGGCAAGAACGUCAACAACGACGGCACCAGCUGCAUCAAGAUGGAGAUCAAGACGGAGGACGGCUCGGAGGUCAAGAUCAAGACGGAGGUGAUGGAUGUGGACGAGGCCGGUGGCUCUGCAGCGGGCGGUGGCCAUCAUGAUGGCGGCGCCGAAGGUGGCACUGGCAAGGACAACAUCAACGGAGCCCAUGACGGUGGCGCGGCUGGUGGCAGUUCCGUGGACAUUAAGCCCAAGACGGAGACGAAGCCACUGGUGCCGGAGCCACUGGCUCCCAAUGCUGGCGACAAGAAGAAGAAAUGCCAAUUCAAUCCGGAGGAACUGCGAACUGCCUUGCUGCCGACGCUGGAGAAGCUCUUCCGGCAGGAGCCCGAAUCCGUGCCAUUCCGGUAUGCCGUGGAUCCGCAGGCCCUCGGCAUUCCCGAUUACUUUGAGAUCGUGAAGAAGCCAAUGGAUCUGGGAACUAUACGGAACAAUAUCCAGAAUGGCAAGUACAGUGAUCCCUGGGAGUAUGUCGACGAUGUCUGGCUGAUGUUCGACAAUGCCUGGCUCUAUAAUCGCAAGACUUCAAGGGUAUAUCGUUACUGUACAAAGCUAUCGGAGGUAUUUGAGGCGGAAAUAGAUCCGGUGAUGCAGGCCCUGGGCUACUGUUGCGGCCGGAAGUACACCUUCAAUCCGCAAGUACUGUGCUGUUAUGGAAAGCAGCUCUGUACGAUCCCAAGGGACGCCAAGUACUAUAGCUACCAGAACAGUCUAAAGGAAUACGGUGUUGCCUCAAAUAGAUACACCUACUGCCAAAAGUGCUUUAACGACAUCCAGGGCGAUACGGUCACACUGGGCGACGAUCCUCUGCAGUCACAAACUCAAAUCAAAAAGGACCAGUUCAAGGAGAUGAAGAAUGACCACCUGGAGCUGGAGCCGUUUGUCGACUGCCAGGAGUGCGGCCGGAAACAGCACCAGAUCUGCGUCCUCUGGCUGGACUCGAUCUGGCCCGGCGGCUUCGUCUGCGACAACUGCCUGAAGAAGAAGAACUCGAAGCGGAAGGAGAACAAGUUCAAUGCCAAGCGCCUGCCCACCACCAAGCUCGGUGUCUACAUCGAGACCCGAGUGAACAACUUCCUCAAGAAGAAGGAGGCAGGAGCGGGCGAAGUCCAUAUCCGUGUGGUCAGCUCAUCCGACAAGUGUGUGGAGGUGAAGCCCGGAAUGCGACGUCGUUUCGUGGAAUCCGGUGAGAUGAUGCAGGAGUUCCCCUACCGGGCCAAGGCCCUGUUCGCCUUCGAGGAGGUGGACGGCAUCGAUGUCUGUUUCUUUGGUAUGCACGUCCAGGAGUAUGGAUCGGAGUGUCCGGCACCGAACACCCGACGUGUCUACAUCGCCUACCUCGACUCGGUGCACUUCUUCCGUCCACGGCAGUAUCGUACGGCUGUCUACCAUGAGAUCCUGCUCGGGUACAUGGACUAUGUGAAGCAGCUGGGCUAUACGAUGGCCCAUAUCUGGGCGUGUCCGCCGUCGGAGGGCGAUGACUAUAUCUUCCACUGCCAUCCCACGGAUCAGAAGAUACCGAAGCCGAAACGACUGCAGGAAUGGUACAAGAAGAUGCUCGACAAGGGCAUGAUCGAGAGGAUUAUUCAGGACUACAAGGACAUACUCAAGCAGGCCAUGGAGGAUAAGUUGGGAUCGGCGGCGGAGUUGCCAUACUUUGAGGGCGAUUUCUGGCCAAAUGUCCUCGAGGAGAGCAUCAAGGAGCUCGACCAGGAGGAGGAGGAGAAACGGAAACAGGCCGAGGCAGCCGAAGCAGCGGCAGCAGCUAAUCUCUUCUCCAUCGAGGACAAUGAGGUCAGUGGCGAUGGGAAGAAAAAGGGCCAGAAGAAGGCCAAGAAGUCCAACAAAUCGAAGGCCGCCCAACGAAAGAACAGCAAAAAGUCCAACGAACAUCAAUCCGGCAACGAUCUCUCCGCCAAGAUCUACGCCACCAUGGAGAAGCACAAGGAGGUCUUCUUCGUCAUCCGCCUCCAUUCGGCCCAGUCGGCGGCCAGCUUAGCGCCCAUUCAAGAUCCAGAUCCUUUGCUAACCUGCGAUCUAAUGGACGGACGCGAUGCCUUCCUCACUCUGGCCCGCGAUAAGCACUUUGAGUUCUCCUCCCUGCGCCGUGCCCAGUUCUCCACUCUCUCUAUGCUCUACGAGCUCCACAACCAGGGCCAGGACAAGUUCGUCUACACCUGCAACAACUGCAAGACGGCCGUGGAGACCCGCUACCACUGCACCGUCUGUGAUGACUUCGAUUUGUGUAUUGUGUGCAAGGAGAAGGUCGGACAUCCGCACAAGAUGGAGAAGCUCGGCUUCGAUAUCGACGAUGGCUCGGCGCCGGCGGAUCACAAGCAGGCCAAUCCCCAGGAGGCCCGGAAACAGUCCAUCCAGCGAUGCAUACAGUCUCUGGUGCAUGCGUGCCAGUGCCGGGAUGCCAACUGCCGGCUACCGUCCUGCCAGAAGAUGAAGCGCGUCGUCCAGCACACCAAGAACUGCAAGCGGAAGACCAAUGGCGGAUGUCCCAUCUGCAAGCAGCUGAUAGCUCUGUGCUGCUACCAUGCCAAGCACUGUCAGGAGCAGAAGUGUCCAGUGCCCUUCUGUCCCAACAUCAAGCACAAGCUCAAGCAGCAGCAGCUCCAGCAAAAACUCCAACAGCAACAGUUGCUGCGUCGUCGUGUGGCCCUCAUGUCCCGCACCUGCCCGGCACCCGCCGCCAUGUCCGGCUCGACGGCAGUCAGCGGCCCGGCCGUGGUCGCCAGCGGAGUGCCCGUGGUGGGCAUGUCCGGCGUGGCGGUUAGCCAGCAAGUGAUGCCCGGCCAGGCGGCCAUAAUGCCACCGGGCGCUGGUGGCAUGUCGCCUUCAACGGUGACAGUUCCAUCUCCAGUCUCGGGCGGAGGAGCCGGAGCCAAUGCCAUGGCGGGCAUGACGUCUCCCCAUCCCCACCAGCCGGGUAUCGGCAUGAAGCCCGGCGGUGGCCACUCCCCGUCCCCGAACGUACUCCAGGUAGUGAAGCAGGUCCAGGAGGAGGCGGCCCGCCAGCAGGUCUCGCACGGCGGUGGCUUCGGCAAGGGAGUGCCCAUGGCGCCGCCGGGAAUGAACCGUCCACUAGGCGGAGCCGGCGGCGGAGUGCCCAACCAGAAUGUCAACCAGCUGGGCGGCAUGGGCGUGGGUGUCGGCGUGGGCGGAGUCGGUAGCGGAGUCGGUGUCGGCGGAGUUGGUGUCAACCAGCUGGGCGGCGGCGGAGGCGGUGGUCCGACAGGAGGACCCGGAGGACCGGGCGGUGUCCCGGGCGGUGCCGGUAACUGCGGCAACGUCCUCAACGCCAACAACCUGCUCUCGAUGGACCAGUGGGGUGGAGGCGGAGGCGGCGGCGGUAAUCCCGGCGCCGGUGGCAAUCCCCAGGCCCGCUACGCCAACAACACGACCGGAAUGCGGCAGCCCAACCAGCUCAUCCAGCAGCAGCAGCAGCAGAACCUGCUCUCCCAACAGCAGCUCCAGCAGCAGCAGAUGAUGGCCCUCGGUGGCCCGAAUCAGAUGGGUGGCGGCGGUGGCGGCCAAAUGCCCGUUGGCGGCCAGCACGGCGGCAUGGGUAUGGGUGGAAUGGGUGCACCGACAAUGGCGGGCGCCGGAGCGGGUGGAGUUCGACCACCGCCCGGUGCCGGGGGCGGAGGCGGCGGUGGCGGCCAAGCCUCUGGUAGCCUGAACACCCAGCAACUGGCCCAGAUCAUGCAGAAGAUCAAGAACAAUCCGAACAACGAGAGCAACCAGCACAUCCUCACCAUUCUGAAGCAGAAUCCCCAGAUCAUGGCCGCCAUCAUCAAGCAGCGCCAGCAGAGCCACCAGUCCCAGAUCAAUGCUGCCGCGGCAGCGGGCGGUGGAGGAGCUGGUGGAGCCGGCGGUGCCCUCGGCCAGCAGCAGCAACAGCAGCAGCAGCAGCAGGCCGGCAAUGGGCCACAAAAUCCGCAGCAGCAGCAGCAACAACAGCAGCAACAGCAGCAGCAACAGGUGAUGCAGCAACAGCAGAUGCAACACAUGAUGAACCCCAACCAGCAGAUGAAUCCCAACCAGCAGCAGCAGCAGCAGCAGCAGGUGAACCUCAUGCAGCAGGGCGGCCCGGGGGGACCAGGUCCCCACCAGCGGAUGCCCAACAUGCAGAACGCCAUGAUGCUGCAGAACCUGCCGCCUGGAGUCACCACCCAAGGAGGCAUGGUGCCCAACCAGAACUGGAAGCAGAUGCGCUACAUGCCGAUGAACCAGUACCCGCCGCCCUACCAGCAGCGCCAGCGCGGCCCCCACAUGGGCGGCCCCGGCGGCGGCCCAGGACCCGGCCAGCAGCAGUUCCCGGUAGGCAGCGGCGGCGGAGCGGGCAACUUCAAUGCCGGCGGUGCCGUCGGCGGCGGCGGUGGAGGUCCUGGCGGCGAUCAGUACUCCAUGGCCAAUGCGGCAGCGGCAGCAGCCUCCAACAUGCUCCAGCAGCAGGGUCAGGUGGGCGUCGGAGUGGGCGGAGUCGGAGUGGGCGUUGGAGUCGGCGUGGGAGUAGGAGUGGGCGUCAAGCCCGGCCCGGGACAGCAGCAACAGCAGCAGAUGGGCGUGGGCAUGCCGCCGGGAGUGGGAGUGGGAGUGGGAAUGCAGCAGCAGCAGCAGCAACAGCAGCAGCAGCAACAGCCGCAACUGCAGCAGCAGCAGAUGAUGCAGGUGGCGAUGCCGAACUCGAAUGCCCAGCAGCAGCAGAAUCCGUCGCAGCAGCCGAAUGCCCAGGUGAUGGGACCCCCCACACCCCACUCGCUCCAGCAGCAACUGAUGCAGUCGGCCCGCUCCUCGCCGCCCAUCCGCUCGCCCCAGCCCACGCCCUCGCCACGGUCGGCGCCCUCGCCCCGGGCCGCCCCCUCAGCCUCGCCACGGGCCCAGCCCUCGCCCCACCACGUGAUGAGCAGCCAUUCGCCGGCGCCGCAAGGACCGCCGCACGACGGGAUGCACAAUCAUGGCAUGCACCAUCAGUCGCCGCUGCCCGGCGUCCCCCAGGACGUCGGCGUUGGUGUGGGUGUGGGCGUGGGCGUGGGCGUCGGUGUCGGCGUUGGUGUCGGUGUGGGGAAUGUGGGCGUGGGUGUGGGGAAUGCGGGAGGAGCACUGCCCGAUGCCUCCGAUCAGCUGACAAAGUUUGUGGAGCGGCUCUAGUGCAGCGGCGCCAAUAGCUACAACGGAUGGUAGCCCUGGAAGGAGACUCCAGACAAGCAAGGACAUGCAAGGACAUGCAGUGACAUGCAGUGACAUGCAAGGACAAGAAAACAACAGAAACACUCUCACACACACAUUAUACACUUUUUUAAUUCUUACUUUUGAAGAUAACUUAACUGUCUUCUCUCCUCCCAACAACAACAACAACAACAACAAACAACAACAACUAUCACAAUUAUUAAUUAAUUAAUUAAUUAGAUAGCAUUUAAGGCAAGCAAGCACACAAGCAGAAGGAUAUAAAAAAAAAUCACCACUAACUUUAAGUUUAGGACAACUUUGAACAAAGCAGCAUGUUGAUAUGAUUUCUCUUGAUAUAUAUUCUAAUAUAUAUAUUUCAUUCGAAAAAACAACAACAAACACACACACACACACACAUACACUACACUACACAACAAAGCUCUGGAUGUAUUAAAAAGAGAAUGCAACAAAAGCGUAUCCUUUGAAUUGCAUUAGAAAGAGAGAGCAAGAGAGAGAGAGAGAAAAGGAUCGAGAUCGAGAUCCCGUUAUGAUGACAACGUUUAACGUUGAACUUUAAAAAAAAAAAAAAGCUAAAGCUAAAGCUACGGCCUAACCUAGACCUAAAUCUUAAAUCUUAAAUCUUAAAUCUAAAUCUAAAUCUUUAAUCUUAAAAACUAAAAAACAAAAAAAAAACUAAAAAUCAUUUAAAUCAUGUGUAAUCCUUAAAAAAAAAAAACUUCUUAUUGACUUUUUUUUUUUUACACUACAUUUUAAGUAUACCCCCCCCUUAAAGCAACACACAAGUGACCAAUCAUUAAAAGUCAAAAUGAGUAUAAUAUAUAUAUAUUUCUUUUUUUUUUUUUUAAACUAAAAACUUUAUUUUUUUUUUUUUGAAAUCUCUUAUAAGUCAGAUUUUUGAACAGCAGCCUCCCCUUACUCCAUAUACCACCCCCUGCACCGCGACAAAAAAAAAACAAAAAAAAACUUAUUAAUUCAUAAGUACAUAUUUUGUGUACUUGUGUGUACGAUCGGCAGUUGAAUUAAGUGCUCCUUAUAGGAGCUUUACAUAUUUUGGGAACAUGCAUAGAAAGUAAUUACAAAAACAAAAAGCAACAAACAAACAAACAAAAAAUAACAUAUUUUUUAUACCAUCGAAAGAUAGAAACUUAGAAACAAAAGAAAAAAAAAAAACAAAGAAACGAAAAGAAAAUAACGGAAUAUCCUCAUCUGUAUUCUCCCCUCGGCAGAAAAAAGAGAAAAAAAAAAGCAAAUCAAAUCAUCACUUCCAAUUGACAGACAACAAUAAAAAUGGGUUUAUACCGUUAGAGAGAGAGAGAUGUCGCGCGAGAGAGAGAGUAUUUGAGAGAGAGAGCUAUCUAGCUGAGGGAGCAUACAGUCUUAUCAGGAAAAGAAAAAAAGAAAAGAAAAACAGUAACAUACCAAAAUAGGAUGGGGAAAAAUGGAGAAGCAAACAAAAAAAAUAGGGAUCGAUCGGUGGAGGUGGAGAAUAUGGAAAAAAAAAACCUUAAUUAACAAGAGCAACAAAAUAGCAAUAGCCAAAAUGCUUUGAAAACGAUUUUUAGUAUAUACUUGAGAUAUGAUAAGAGAUCUAAAUUAUAUAUAUAUUGUAGAAUAUAUACAUAUACAUAUAUUCAUAUGUAGGAGUUGUAAUAAUUCUAACAAAUUGUUCACAUUAUUGUGUAUUGUUUUGAUGAAGAAGUCGAAGGAAGAAGAGCCGUAUAAACCGGAAACGGAAGAAGAGUAGUAACUAGUAGAGUGUGUGUGUGUGUGUGGGUGUUGUAUCUGUGUGUGAGAGAGAGAGAGAGAGAGAGUGGAGAGAGUGAUUCAUAGAAUGAGUGUGCUUGUGUGCGUUCCUAUUCCUCAAUUAUAACAAAAACAAAAACAAACACCACUUUUUUUUUUCUACGUGUAAAUAACUUAAAAUUUUUUUUUACUUAGUAUUUGAUUUUGUGAUACCCAAAAAAAAAAACUGAAAAAAAAAUGCAAAAACCAAUUUGUCUCAAAAAAACAAACAACAAAAAAAAAUACAAAAAACUGAAUGUUAACUUUGGAGGAUUUUUGAAAGCGGAGAGAAGAUCGAUUGCUAUUUAUUAACGAUAAAAAAAAAAAACAACAACAACCACAACAAACUAAAAACUAAAAACAAAAAGGAAAUCAAUUUAGGUUUAUAGACUUUUUAGAAUUAGGCGUAUGGAACUAUUUAUUAGAGUGUAGACUGUAGUUUCCAAACUGGGUUCUUUCAUUAUACGGAAAUAUCACACGUCUAUAUAUAAAAUAUAUAAUAUAUAUAUAUGAUUUUUAGCAAUUAUGAUUUUUUUUUUUUAUACAUAUAUACAUCUAUAUAUAUAGUAUAUAGUAUAUAUAUUAUUGUUCAGGUCUAAGAUGUUUAGGACGAUGCAGGACGAUGUAAGGACGAUGAUCCUGAUGUUUUCGUUUUCAAAGCUGUUUUCUUUGUACAAGUUGCCGCCGCCGCCCAAGAAGUGUAUCAGUAGAAAGAGACAGACGGAGCGAAAUGGAAAGAGAUGGAGGGUAUCAGUUAUCACAUAUAUACACACAUACAUAGUAUAUAUAUAUAUAUUUUUUUUUUUUAUUCGUCUGUAAAGUAUUUAAUUAAGAUAAUGGAUAUAAACUACUUAUUCACUGCGCAUAGAAAUGCCUUCAGAAAAAAUUGCGAAAGUAAGCAGGAUUGACUAAAACUAAACAAAAAAAAAAAAACAUUAAAAUGUAAAUACCCUCAGCAUAUACAUAUACAAAUACAUACAAUAUAUAUAUAUAUAUACCAAUAUAUAUAUAUUGCAAAGUUUAUAUAACGGAUUAGGAGUAUAUAUAGUAUAUAUAUAGUAUAAGUAACAAAAAAAAAAAAAAACAGUUUGUAAAAUCCAAUGCCCUAGAUUGUAAGACGCGCCUAAGUAUAUCGGGUAUAGCGGUUAUAUCGUUUAUAUAUUUAUAAUUAUAAGUCUACACUCUCAAUUUAUACACACACACACACACCACACACUCACACACAUACCCACAUAUACACACUAAUAAAAAAUAUAUAUAUAUCGCGAUAUAUAUUAUAUAAUUCGUGUUUAGUUAGUGUGUUUUUAAACGAAACGCGCUUAGGGCGAGAAAUAAAUAAAUAAAUAAAAUGGAAAACUAAAAAAAAAAACAGAGAAAUUUUGAAAAUUUACCAGAAAAGAAAAAAAAAAAAAAGAAAUCCCAAUAGCUGCGCCUGCCUCCGAAUUUUUUUAAAUCGAGAAACUAAAAACAAGAAAACGGAUUAAAAAAUAAAAGCAAUGAGAAAACCCACGCUGCGCUGCACACAAUCAAAAAAAAAAAAAAAAAAAAACAAAUACAGAAAACCAGACACCAAAUAAGAAAUAAAAAAAAAAACCUAAAAAACUAAAGUAAAGUAAAAUAUAUUAAAAAUAUUAUAUAGAAAUCGUGUAAAAAUAAAAAAAAAACAAGGAAAACAUACUCAAGUCACUGGGCUCUGCCGCAGAAUGCCUUUGUACGUUAAAUGUAAAAAACAAAAAAAAAGAAAGCCACAAGUAUGUGUUAUCGGUGAUCGGUGAUCGGUAAUCGGUAAUCGGUAAAAGUUGCGAUAACAUGACGCUGCCUUCAAGUCGCAGUCGCCGCGUGUUGGUAGAAACAAAAAAACAAAACAGAAAACAAAAAACAAAAAAACAAAAACUCUUAACCUCCAAAUCGGUUCAGCGGGCGCAGCAGAAAAAAAAAAAUUAUUUUAAAAGCUGCUUUCCGCAUGGUUUUUUUUUUAUUUAAAUUUAAAUUAUUUUCCAAAAAAAAUUCAAAGAUUUGAGUGUGAAAGAGAGGGCGAAUGUGAGUGUGAGAAAGAGAGAGAGUGCUAGGCAAAGACAUGAAACUGUUUUUUUUUUUUUAGAAAACUUUCUAAUUUUUUUUGUAUUUUUUUUUUUUCAAUUUUUCCAAAUACGCAAGAAAGGGAGAGAGAGCAUAUUCCAAAACUAUUUGUGAUUACGAAAUAUAUAUGAACAUUAAAAAAAAAACAAAAAACAAAAAACGAAUGGCACUUCAAACACAACAAUUGAAGGGUUGUUAAAAAAUUAUUAAGCUAAGCCUUAGAUUAAAAAAAAAAAAACAAAACAAAAAGCCAGCGCUAAAAAUAUAUAUAUAUAUAAUUUAUAUAUCACACACCGACACACACACACACACACACACGCGUAUAUAGGAUAAAAAACGGAAGAUCUAAUAGAUAAGCGAAAAAAAACAGUUGUAAAUGAUAAAAAAUAAAUAAAAAAAAAAUUAAGAAAAAAAAAAA